GAGAGGGGUGGAUUAUUGUUUUGUUUUUUUCCCCUCUGUCGGCUUUUGUUUCGCUUGCCGCCCUUAUUAGUAAUAGAUAGAUAAUACAGUAAACGAAGAAGGCGACAAACACUCAUCUCAGGGUUUUUGUUCAUUUCUUAAAUAGUGUCGGGAUGUAGUGGUAGGUCCCGGGGCGCGGAGUGACAGGCACGGCACAAGAUGGCGGCGGGCGGGGUAAGCGCGCAAUGGAGGAGGAGGCGGGGGGAGGAGUAAAGGAGCUUUGUUCCCCUGGCUUCCCGGGUGGGGAGAAGGCCUUCGCCGCCGCGCUUUGGGCGUUCUGAAGAGACGCGGCUACGAGUUACCGCUUCGAGUGCCGGGGGUUUGAGAAGUGUCCCCCUCCCCCCGGCGGCCGGGCCAUGAAGAGCCCGGGACCCCCGGAACCGUGACGCGUGAGCCGCCCCCCUCCUCCACCGGCGCCGCCGCCGGAGCUCCCUGUAUGGCGGACAUGGCCCCGGCGCUAACUGGAGCCCCACAGGAAGCUCCCCACCGGCUGAAGCUGAGCGCCUCGUCCCCGGCCACCGAGCGAGGUCUGCCCGUGUGGAAGCCGGAGCUAAACGGGGCGGGCAGCCUCCUCCUACUAAACGGGCGAAGCGAGGACUGUGCCCCGGAGCGGCCGGGCAAGAGCAGGUGGCUGCCGGAGGCCGAAGACAAGAGGCCGGAGGAUGUGCCCGAGUCCGGGAUGACUCCUGUGGAGGACAGGCCGGGGGAGGGAGCGGAGACCGGGGCCCUGUGCGCGCGGAGGGCGGCCCGCACGAGCAGCCGGCAGCAGGAGCUCGGAGCCCGGGCCCGCAGGCUCUGCCGGAGGCUGCAGGUCAUCCAGGCCAAGCAGGUGGAGCGGCACGUCAGGCAGCAGCUGGCCGGGCUGGUGGAGCUGCUGGCGGAGCGGGGGGCGGCGGGGCUGCCGGGCUCCCCGCACACCGAACUGGACAGGUUGGCGAGCAGCUCCACGGCCCGGCUGCGGGCGGCCCAGGGAGGCUUCGACUCGGACGCUACGGAGAGCAGCUCCGGGGAAGAGAGCGACGGAGAGGAGGCGUCAGAGAGCAGCCCGGAGCGGGGGGAGAGAAGCGAGGAGGAGCCGCGGCCAGCCCCGGGGUCUCAUCAGCGUGCGCAGUGGAGGUGGACGAUGGAGCGGGCGGCUAUUAUCUGUCGCUGGACCUGGUUACAGGCUCAGGUUUCAGACCUCGAGUUUCGGAUAAGGCAACAGACGGAGAUCUACAAGCAAAUCCGAUGUACUAAGGGAAGUGUUGUGCUUGGGGACUCUCCGCUGAGCGAGGACACCACGCCGCGCCAGUCCGCAGGACCUUCAGCAGUGCUGAAUACAAGAGGCAGCCGGUUGCCUUCCUCCUCGUGUUCCCCAUCUGUCGUUAAACCCCCAUCCGCUAACAGUCUAUGUCAAGCCUCGUCUGUCACUUCCUCCUCCUCCUCCUCCGCUCUGCCGAGUGCAGACAAACAGUGUUCCCGCCUUACACAGUCUGAAAAUGUUGCGUGUCAAAAUCCUCCCACCAAGUCAGUUUGCGACUCCCCCGGAUCCCAAAAAUCAUCUCGUCAAGUCAACGGAUUCAUAAAUUGUGUGCGUCCCAGUCUGUCUUGUAAUGGUUCCUCAGAGGAUCUGGAUCCUGAAGAAGUGCUGGGAAAAAAACGCCGUGUAGAGGGCCUUUCUGCAGCACCAGCGCUCCCCGACUCCUCCUGCAUGGCUGCCAGAACACGACCCUUGCGCGGGCACAAGAAACGCCGAUUGGUCAGAUCCAGUGAGGUGUCGUCUCUCAGCAGGAAGCCACAGAAGCAGCUGUCUACGAAGUGUGGCUGUGAGCCUCCAACCACUUGCAUUCUUUGCGGAUGCAAGACUUACUUGAAGACUACACAUCCCAGCACCAUGAGCGAGCGCAUAGCACUAAUCGAUCCAUGCUACCACCCCAUCCUCUCCUUCCCCUACGGUAAGCUACCAGCGGAGGGGCUGUAUCCUCUUAAUGGCCGCCUCUUUCCUUUUCCUCUUCUGCAGCUUUGGUUGGUGAAUUGCGUAGAGUCAGGCUCAGAUCCUGAGGAGAUGGAGAAGAUUAACAUCGAUGAGGAGGUGGAAUAUGGUAACAUCAAGAAAGAGAAUGAGAAGAUUAACAUCUUGGAGGAUAUAACCAUGGAGGAUGAGAUAGAGGAGAUUAACACUGAGGAGGAGUUGGAGCAGAUAAACAUCAGGGAGGUCGUGGAAGAGAUUAAGGUUGAGGAGGCGGAGGAGAUUAAGAUCAUAAAGGCAGAGGAAGUUAAGAUCGAGGAGAUGGAGGUGAUUAAGAUUAAGAAAGUGGAGAUUAAUAUCGUGGAGGUGGAGGAGAUUAAGAUCAAGGAGGUGGAGGAGAUCAAAAAUAUGGAGAAUAAGAUCGAGGAGGUAGAGAAGGUUAUGGAGGAGAUAAACAUCGAAAAGCAGGGGAAAGUGGAGGACAAUACAAUCAAGGAGGUAGAGGAGAAGAACAUCAAGGAAGAAGAAGUGCUGGAAGAGAUGGUGGAAGUUAUCAAUACUGAGGAGGAGAAUGAAGGCGCGGUGGGGAAAGAGGAAGAAGAAGAAAGUGAGGAGGAAAAAUAUCAGGCUCUCAUGUGGUGGUGGAUGGUGAAGGGCUCCGAGCUGCCAGACAAGACGCGGUUGGUGGACACCAAAUUGCCUGAGAAGACAAAACAAGAGCAGCAGCAUCAGAAAGAGCAGCAGGAACAGACUAACAAGAUGCCUCAGGUUCUUCUGCUGCUGCAUUUAGGACAGAGCCCAUCCAGUCUAUUAAUUUCCCACACGGUGAGCAGACUCUGCUAUGCCCUGACUUCAUCUAGUUAUGUUGACUUCUCUGUGUCUCUGCAGCUUGAAGAUCUGUCCGCAGAGGCAUAUCAGAACCGCCACAGUGCAUACGAGGAUCUGGAGCGCUCCCGCUGGGAUUCCUGGACUUCAGCUGCUCCGCAGAGGCGAGGAAGCAGAUCCUCUAACAAAUCUGAUGGUCGAUGGACGCCACAACCCUCAUCCAAUAGCCAAGGGUCGUUCCAACAGCCAGCCUCCCCGGACUUUGGUUUCCACAGCCUUAAUGAGGUCCCACUAACCCUGUCAUCUGCUGCAACAGACAACCAGGAGCCUUACAGCACUGUCCAAUGCCUCUCUGUCUACAGCCGCACCAGGGGGCUUUCCUGGAGUGAAGACACCAGAUCUUCCACCCCUGAGGUCCCAGAUGAAGAAGAACAGACUGUUGCACCUUGGGAACAUCGCUCAUUUCCCCUCUCAGACCGAGACCAUCGCGUUCUCCAGAGUUCGCCAGUAACUGCACCGAACAGAAACAGGAAUAAGCCUGAUGUGCUGUGUAACGCAGGGAGCAAGUCUGGCCUCCAGGCUGAGGGCAUGGACUCUGGCAUGUCAGCAGAAAACCUCGUCGCCACCUCCAAAGAUCCCCCUCUACCCAACAGCAUUUCAGUUGUUCGAUUUCGUGCCCAUAGCGGUGAGAAAAUCGCAAGCCUGGAAUAUUUUCCCACUAGGCCGGUGAACAAGAGAUGAGAGCGCCUCCUCUUUGUAAGACGUGUACGACCAGAGAAUGCAAAUCCCAUGUACUUUAUUUCAGUAUCAAGUGCUUGGCUGACUUG